CAUAUUGGCGGAGCCUGUGGCUGCGCGGACAGGGGGACAAGCAGCGGCUCCGGAGCUGGGGGGGAGCCGGAUCCCCCGCCUCCCCUGGCUGUCCCGCAGACCCCGUAAGGCGCUGGCUGGGGAUGCGGGGACCGAGCCUCCUCUGAGGGGGAUGCCGCAGCGGCUCAGUCAGCUGGUGCUGGAUCCGUGGCAGAAAAUGGAGGUGUAUGGGACCGGCGGGAGCGAGCUGAAUGGUCUAAAGAUGUUGGAUGAGCCAAUGGAUGAAGUGGAGUCCUUAAUGCCUUAUGAUGAAGGGAACAUUAAAGAGAUUCCAAUUACCCACCAUGUUAAAGAAGGGUGUGAAAAAGCGGACCCCGCACAGUUUGAACUGCUGAAAGUUCUUGGACAAGGAUCUUUUGGAAAAGUUUUCCUGGUAAGAAAAAUCAUUGGACCGGAUGCUGGACAGCUUUAUGCAAUGAAAGUAUUGAAAAAGGCAUCAUUAAAAGUAAGAGACAGAGUUCGUACUAAGAUGGAACGGGAUAUCCUUGUGGAAGUGAACCAUCCCUUCAUUGUGAAGUUACACUAUGCAUUUCAGACUGAAGGAAAAUUAUAUCUGAUUCUGGACUUUCUCAGGGGUGGAGAUGUAUUCACACGGUUGUCUAAAGAGGUUAUGUUUACAGAGGAAGAUGUAAAGUUCUACCUGGCAGAGCUGGCCCUCGCGUUGGAUCACUUGCACAGCCUUGGGAUCGUAUACAGAGACCUGAAGCCUGAAAACAUUUUGCUUGAUGAAGCAGGACACAUCAAGUUGACAGAUUUUGGCCUCAGCAAGGAAUCGGUGGAUCAUGAAAAAAAGGCCUAUUCUUUCUGCGGUACUGUAGAGUAUAUGGCGCCAGAAGUGGUAAACAGACGGGGCCAUACACAGAGUGCUGACUGGUGGUCUUUUGGGGUCCUUAUGUUUGAAAUGCUAACUGGUACUUUGCCGUUUCAAGGUAAAGAUCGAAAUGAGACAAUGAAUAUGAUUUUGAAAUCAAAGCUUGGGAUGCCGCAGUUUUUGAGCCCCGAAGCUCAGAGUCUGUUACGAAUGUUGUUUAAAAGAAAUCCGCUAAAUAGAUUGGGUGCUGGGCUCGACGGUGUGGAAGAAAUAAAGCGUCAUCCUUUUUUCUCGACAAUAGACUGGAAUAAGCUAUAUAGACUGGAAAUACAGCCGCCGUUUAAACCUGCUUCUGGUAAACCAGAGGACACCUUCUGUUUUGAUCCAGAGUUCACAGCAAAAACACCUAAAGACUCUCCAGGCGUUCCCCCGAGCGCAAAUGCGCAUCAACUCUUUAAAGGUUUCAGCUUUGUAGCGACAUCAUCUAUUGAAGACCACAAGAUUUCCUCGAUUACAAAUGUGUUGCCAAUUGUACAGCAAUUUCACGGAAGCCGAGCUCAAUUUACGGACAUUUAUGAUCUCAAAGAAGAUAUUGGAGUUGGUUCGUAUUCUGUUUGCAAGCGUUGCGUUCAUAGAGCCACUAACAUGGAGUUUGCCGUCAAGAUAAUUGACAAAAGUAAAAGGGAUCCAUCAGAAGAGAUAGAAAUUCUGAUGCGCUAUGGGCAGCAUCCUAACAUCAUUACUCUGAAAGAUGUAUAUGACGACGAUGGCCGGUAUGUUUACCUAGUUACAGAGUUGAUGAAGGGUGGUGAGCUGUUGGAUCGCAUCCUGCGUCAGAAAUACUUUUCUGAACGAGAGGCCGGAGCUGUAUUGUACACAAUCACCAAAACUGUAGACUACUUGCACUGUCAAGGGGUGGUUCAUCGUGACCUUAAGCCUAGUAAUAUUCUGUAUAUGGACGAUUCCAGUAAUGCAGAUUCAAUAAGAAUAUGUGAUUUUGGUUUCGCAAAGCAGCUGAGAGGAGAUAAUGGACUGCUCUUAACGCCGUGUUACACUGCCAACUUUGUGGCACCAGAGGUACUCAUGAGGCAGGGUUAUGACGCUGCGUGUGAUAUUUGGAGCCUGGGUGUCCUCCUCUAUACCAUGCUUGCAGGGUACACACCUUUCGCCAAUGGGCCGAAUGACACCCCAGAAGAAAUCUUACGGAGGAUAGGAAGUGGAAACUUUUCAUUGAGCGGAGGAAACUGGGACACUGUUUCAGAUCUUGCAAAGGAUUUGUUAUCACACAUGCUUCACGUCGAUCCACAUCAACGAUAUACAGCAGAGAAAGUAUUAAAACAUUCCUGGAUUGCGUGUAGGGACCAGCUUCCUCACUACCAGCUAAACCGACAGGAUGCCCCUCAUCUUGUUAAGGGAGCUAUGGCGGCAACGUAUUCUGCACUGAAUCACAAGACAUUUCAGCCCGUUUUAGAGCCUGUUGCAGCAUCAAAUUUAGCUCAGCGUCGGAGUAUGAAAAAGAGAACUUCAACGGACAUGUAAAUAAAUCCGUGCAUCGUGGCCAAACUGAAGCUAAAGAAGUCUUCUGUCCAGCCUGUGGUUGAACGGCAAUUAGUCUUUAUCAAUAUUACUUGAAUAUUGCGUACAAGUCUCUCAUGGAACAUUAUUUUUAUUUUUUUUGUGGGUUCAUUCUGUGCUUUUUUUGUAGUUUUUAUUUGUCUUUGAAGUCUUUUUUGUCGCUGAUUUAAUUUAAAUAUCUGGGUACUUCAUCGAAAUGUCAAAGUUUCUGUGCAUCAAAUACUAUCUGCUCAUUUGCUACUGCUGAAAAGAUGCUUAAUCUCCUGGAACCUGCUGCACCUCAAAUGCUUCAAAACGUGCUGUAUAUUUCUGCUUUAUUUUUUUUAUAUUUCACUUUUCAUUCACAUUGUUGGGACUGAUUCCAUAUCAAGCUAGAAUUGGAAAGAGAAAAAACUUCUGAUCCAAGUACUUAGUAGCUUAGCAUUGUGUUGCACAUCUUUGCUAUCUACUUUAAUAUUGAGCAGGUUGGCUUUAGAUCGCCCCAGUAGUUAGUGCUACUACAACUUUAGAUGGUGAUACAAGUAUCGACCCCGCUGAGCGUGGCCUAUCAUCUGUUUUCCUUACGUACUGGAGUCAUGUGUUCAAUGUCGGAGCGUUUGGUGUAAAGACUAAAAUAUCACUGUGGAUGUCUUGUGGAUGUUGUCUUUUACAAAUCCAAUGGUUAAAAAUGGUCCCUGCAUUUUGUGAAAGCUUCCCUUCCCCUCCUAAAAAGUCACUAAAGUCUCUGCUUCUCUGAAUAUAUAUGCUGUUCUAAACCAGGCUGUGGUGAAUGAAAUAAUUCACCUGGUUAGCUUGCCCAUAUGACCCUGGCAUUAAGUGAGGGUAUUCUGCAGAAGAACUUGCUUUUCGGAGGCUUCAUGUAUUAAAGUAACUUAUCUUGGGUGGAGCUGUAUAUAAACAUGUUGUAUUAUGUUUUGUACCUAUUGUACAAAUUGCUCAAUAUUUGUUUUGUUGGAUAUUUUUUUUUUUUAAUUAUUUGUUUUGAUUUAUUUUGUUUGUUUGUUUUUUUUCGUUCUAUUCAAGGUACCAUACAAUGAUUUUUACCAAGUAGGUAAAAUUAUAUUUUUAUAGAACUAAUUAUUAUUCUUAUUGUUAUCUAAAAAACAAAAAAAAACAAAAUAAAAUUCAAGAAUCUGGCUUGCAAGUGUGAACUUUUGCUAGCCAAACCUGUCUGUGCAUGAAGAAGAAAAAUAUGCUGGUUAUGGAAAUAUAAUUUGUAAAAGAAAAAAAACAACAAUGUAAAAUCGCUCACUUGUAAGUUAUAUAUGACAAAUAUGGUUAUGGAAAUGAAAUAGAGCCUCAUUCUGAAUACACAGAUAUUUUCUUUUUGCUAGGAAAAAUGUUUGUGUCUGUCUGGUUCAAUGCACUCAUUAGAGAGGGCUGUGUUCAGCUCAUAUAGGAGACAACCUAUUAUAAAGACUGGAGCUUUAAUGACACUCUAAAAUGGUCUAUUGUCAUGUGCCAUAGUCUGCCUCUUUCUUUUCUUCAUUAGAUAGAAUAGCACUAUUUGGACGUUCUGUGGCUUUAUUCCACAAGUAUAUCUUUAACUCAUUAAGUGUGAUCUUGCAUCUUGUGCCUGAAACUUUUAAUAAGUCAUGCCAAUCUUUGAACUUUUUGACAAUCCUAACUUGGUGAUUGAUUGACUCAAUUUUAGCUCAUAACAAAUAUAUUUCUUGUUUUGGAAUCAACACAUGACCAUUACUUGGCCAGAUAGAUGGGGCAAUCCUUAAUUCUCUGGGCUGGUGCUUUGAGAAACUUGAAAUACAGUAAUGGGAGCCGCAGCACCUUACUUUUAUUAUCAAUGUAGUUGAUUGUGCAGUUGCCAACAUUUCAACCCACUGUCAGGUCCACCUGUCCACUGGUGGCAUAAGUCUCCUUAAUUAUGAACAUCUGGUCUUCUGGUCCUAUUUUAUUUACUUGAGGGUUUUAAAAGAAUCUUGGGGGGCCCUACACCUAGAACGUUGUCUAGAUGUGCUUAAUUCCCUAUUAUAUCUGCUCAUGGUACACUUAUAAUCUGCACAUCAUUGCAUUGAAAUUGGCCAGAACUCAUUUGUUUUGAUUCUAUAAUCUGCAGGACCCUCUCUAACUAUAAACAAGUCUCACAUGGGCAAUAUCUGGGACGUAUUGAUCAAAAUACACCACAAGGCAAACGGGAGAUCUCAAUGCGUGCAAUUAACCCUGGUGACUGCAUACUUCUGCUACGCUGCAAGCCAUAUUACAUGACCGUAAAAUUUAUAUUCCUAAAAAAUGUUCCCUCUAUCUAAACACUUGAUGUUUAGGUAAGUCAGUAAUAGCUAAAUAUUAGCAGUCCGUUUUGUGAGUGUUUUUCACGUGUGCAGUAUCUAUGUAUUUAUGCAACCGUUUUUAUAUACUCCAUGUAAGUAGAAAGUAGCCACACCUGAUGGUAAUGUUUGUAUGUAUUUACAAUAUAGAAAUAUUGUUCCCCAUCUAGUUUAUUUGAAUGUUUAGGGGCCAAAUCUGUCAACAUAUGUUCUGUAUGAUUUAAAAUACUUGAAAGAUAUUAAGGGCUGUUCUCGUAUGUAAGCAUGAGAUAUUGAAAGAUGUUUGAUAUUUCUGUGCACCUUCUAAAAACUGUGAGAUAAAAAAAAGCUUUCAUUGGUCAUGCUUGUAU